AUGAUCUUUUUCCAUGCCAAAAACCAACUCGGUAUGCAAGUCUGCGGAGAAUCUAAUUAACUCAUGGGGUUGAGAGCGAUAAUACUUCGGAGCAGUUAUAGUUGGCCUACGUGAGCAACGUGCAGUCAUAUUGUACGAACAUGGGAAUUUCACCAUGCUGAUGCUAUACAUCAAUUCGUAUUCCCCCUUCCGACUCCCCGUUAAUCAAUAUUUGCGUUGACGCAGAUACAUGUUGCCUGACCGGCACUGAGGAAGAUUGGACUUGCUCUUUGAGUUCUGACCGAUUCGUAGCCCUCCCAAUGAUCGACCCUGUUUUGAUCAACAGAGCCGCACCGCUGCAGCAUCCUGCAGACGAUGGAAAGCGAUAUAUCGGAUUGUGGAACACUGAGACGACAACAGCGAAACCAAGAAUGCCAGUCCCAGUUUAG